AAAUAUAAUAACAAAAUUCAAUAUAAUAUAAAAAAUAAUUGACUAAUAAUGAGAAGAAUAAAAUUAUAGUUUUAUAUAAUGGAUACUAACGAUGAAAAAUCAAAAGAAGUUUACAGCGAGAAUCAGUCAUUAAGACCCAAAUUGAAAUAUACCUUUUCUUAUAAUCCAUCUAUGGCUCGCUCUCUUGAUUUUGUUGUUAAAGGACCAACUCCCAUAAUUGUACAUAAAAAACAAAAAAUACUAUCAGGAUGUUCUUAUAUUGAACUUAAAUUACAAAAAAAUUCAAAGAUAAGUGAAAUGACAUUUCGAAAUUACUAUACUUCUAGUAUAAGUGUUCUUGUAUUACGAUCUAAUACUCAAAGUAUAUUGAUGGGAUCAAGAAACUGGGAAGUUGCCAUUAAAAACAAAAUAUUGAUGAAAUAUCCAAACUUUGAGAAUGGUGCCCAAGAUUACUUUUCAAUUUUUACAACUGAGGUGUGGCAUAAUGUUUCCAAAAUUAAAAUUAUUUUACGGCAACCUUCACCAUUAUGCAAAACAUUUCAUUUAGAAGAAAUAAAAGUUUAUUCUGAUGUUCUGAGAUUUGCUAAACCUUUUUGUGAACAAAAACUUCCAAGCUUUCUUAUCCAUAACACUCAAGAAGCAAUUAAUUUCAAAGCUAGUUCAAAAAUGAAUGAAUCAUACAAAGCUAAUUUAAAUAAGUUCUUUAAACCUAAAAGUUAUAAUACAGAACAAGUGGAUAAUACUUAAUUCUUACAAUAGGUAUAAAAAAAUAAUUAAUUUUAUUGUAAUAUUUAGAAAACAGAUUUUGUAUCCUUAUCCAUUAUUACACUUUAAUUGUACUUUAAUGAUAUUAAAAAAUCAGUCUUAGUAUCAUACAGUAAUAUUACAGAUAUAACUAAAGAA